AUGUUUGCUACGCCUUUGAUAUAUGUCCUUUUACUACUACUAACUGAUAGUGUAUUUUCAAAGAGUGUUGAACUUACUUUCGAAUUACCAGAUAGCGCUGAAGAAUGUUUUUACCAAGACAUAGAAAAGGAUAUCUCAGCUUCCUUGGAAUACCAGGUUAUAACUGGUGGCCAAUAUGAUGUUGAUGUCAAAAUAGAAGGUCCUAAUAAGCAAAUAAUUUAUCAACAACAAAAGAUGCAAUAUGAUUCUCACCAAUUUACAGCCCAAUAUACAGGUGUAUAUAAGGUGUGUUUCAGUAAUGAGUUUAGUACAUUUUCCCAUAAACUUGUAUAUAUGGAACUUAAUGUUGGCCCUGAAUUGCCUCUGCCAGGAGUUGGUGACCAUGCUACUGUCCUUACACAGCUUGAGACAUCAGCAGAAGAAAUCCAUUCAGCUCUAAAUAGAAUUAUUGAUCAUCAAACCCACCAUCGAUUAAGGGAAGCUCAGGGUCGUAAAAGAGCAGAGGACUUAAAUGAAAGGGUAUUUUGGUGGUCCAUUGGAGAAACACUUGCAAUUUUCUGUGUAACAUUUGCACAAGUUAUGAUCUUGAAAAACUUCUUUAGUGAUCGACCAUCACUAUAUAAAUAA